GCACAGUAAAUCUUGAUGUGGACGUGGACAUGAGAACAAUGCGCUGGCAGGCAAGAUUCAUUGGCAGAGUGAUAUAUCAGAUUGACGAACAGUCAAGUAUGCCUUCGGCGCUCCAGCAGUCACCACCGUCCUUUCCUUGUCUAUGAAAACACAUGAUGUGAUGCCGAUCUAGGCGUCCCUCGCGGGCGCACUUAACGUCUCCAGACUUUCUUUGCGUCACCCGGCUUAUGGCGUCUGAUCGAUCCGGCACUUCACAUAACUCUCAGUUAGGGUUAUUGGAAAGAAGAUGGGGUACACAUAUGACUUACAGUGACUUGUUAUCAGGCUUUUCACGCGGGACAGGAAUGGCUGGACGACCUUUCCUUUUCUUCGUCGACUUGAUAGACAUUGCCAUGGGCAUGGCUAAAGGUCGACGCGCAGUUUUGUUCUCUGGUAUUUUUGUCUGUGCCUUCUUCUUAGACGAGAAAGUGUCCUUGUCGAACAUCCUCUCUCUUUGCGAUGCAGCCGGGGAUGGUGAGCGGACGCGGACGCUUCUGGUCUUGGUCUUCUUGAUGGACCUGGCCUCGGGGUAAUGAACGGACUUGGACUUAAGGGCAAUAAGCGAGAGAAACCAUACGACAGGUAUUAGUCAGUGGUACGACAUGUGUAUAUAG